AUGUUGCCCAGCAACGUCAGAACGCUCGUUGAUUGUUGGCCAUUACACACUCACAACAUCUUCAAACUGCAGCAGGUCCUUUUCAUAGCAGCCCUGAGGUCACACAAGCAUGCUCAUGAUAGGACAGAACCAGUGGCAACAGUCAUGCAGGUGAGACCAUCUCAGUUUUUCUCACAGGUCCUUUUUUUAAAUAAAAUAUACCCAUCCCUUAUUGCACACAUUCAAGGGUACAUGGAGCACCAUUGUAUUAAUGCCACAGAUCUACACAUUUUCACCCUCUUCUUGAAAAUUGUGGAGGACUACAACAUCAGCAAACUGCAGGCCCAUAAUAACUGUUGCAUUUUAAACUGGAGUUGUGAGGUUGGACUAUUUUGCCUGUUUUCUAACCCAGGUCCUUUCUUUGUCUGUAGUUACCCACAUGAUAAAGUGAAUCGACUGAGCUGUGACAAGGCCAGGAACUACUACAGUGGUGUGGUAAGCCUUAUCCUACUAGCACUGGAGCUACUGCAAAGGAUGGUCAGUUCCUACACCUACUGCGGCCAGGACAACACGUCUGCUGGGGAUCCUAAUGUGGAUGUGCUUGAGUCCUCAGGACAGCGAGGUGGGACGGCUGGUGUGGGAGACGUGUCUUUCAGCCUGACUGGGCACGCUACUUGUGCUCAUAACACUAAGAAGACCCAAGCUAAGAGAACAGGCGCGUGGCAUGCAAUCAAGCCAGCCUGGAGACCUCCAAGCCUCACCACCAGGAUUAGGCCUUUUCCUCUAUUUGACAUAAAUCAGCAUUGCAAUAAAGUUUGUUUCUCUUGGUUUGACUUGUGGUCAACUAUUACUCAGAACUUGGCAACCAUAUUACACAAUGUUUCAUACAACAGACAAACUGGACAAAUAGUCUUCAACACCAUUUGCAUUGAGACACAAGUGAUUUCCAUCAAAACAAUGCAGUGGCAUUUCUAAACCCCACUGACACUGUAGAAUAAGAAGGUAAAUAACUAUCUCGGCGUCCAUAACCAAAUAUUGUUCAAU